UCGCGCAUCAACCAAGGACGGCCCGGAGAGCGCGCGCGCCUGGGGCGGCGUCCAACGGACCUUCGCUGCGCGUAACCCGCACGAACCCGAGGAAGCAGCCGACUAUCGAAGUCACAGCGCCACCUGUACUAGGAAGACCAUGGCUCCCCCUAUUGUCGGUUACUGGGACAUCCGGGGUCUCGGCCAAUACAUCCGAAACCUUCUGGUCUACAAAGGAGUCCAUUUUGAAGACAAACGUUACAGGUUCGGCCCCGCCCCCGACUACGAUCGCUCCGAUUGGCUGAGAGAAAAGUUUACGCUUGGUCUAAAGUUUCCCAACCUACCGUACUACAUUGACGGUAAGGUGAAGAUAACGCAAUCUCUCGCUAUCAUGCGGUAUCUGGGUAGGAAGUACGACAUGAGCUCGAAGAACGACGCGGAGGCCUUGGAAUUAGACGUCCUGGAACAACAAGCUAAGGACCUUACAUGGGGUCUCAUCAUGACUCUGUUUAACCCGAACUUUGAGGACGCGCGUAAGAAGUACGAGGACACCAUGGACAGCGCUCUCAAGCCGUGGGCAGAACACAUGCAGGGAAAGCAAUGGGUUCUCGGAGACCGGCUCACGUACGUGGACUUUAUCCUGUACGAGGCGUUGGAUUGGCUACGGGAGUUCAAGGCGGGUGCGUUCGGAAAGCACGCUAUUCUACUGGAAUACCUGACGAGGUUUGAAAACCUUCCCAAUAUCAAGGAUUACAUGGAGUCCUAUAAGUACAACAGGUGGCCCAUCUUGAGCCCAGCUGUGAAGUGGGGUUACAGGAAGGAAUAACUGCAUUUUUUGACGAAUAAAGCAGCUGUUGCGUCCAAUUAAAAGUUGGAUGACGAAUACA